UCACUGUCGAUCGCGGGCGCCUGCCCUGUUGGUCGCGCACGCCUUGUUGAUGCCCACGCACGUUUCCUCUCGUCCAGCCCCUUGCACACCCCACCCUAUCCCUCCCCACCGGCCGAUCGCCGUCAACAGGCAGCCCCCUCGGACACAUAUUUGAUUCCUAUUUACAAAAACCGGGUCCUCAACCAUAUCACGCAUGCUCUUCUCUCUCCUGGCGGUGCUUUUUUCCAUCUCAUCGUUUCUGUUUGUACUUGGUGGUGUCUCUUUGCGUUUUUGUACUACCUCUUCUCCUCCUUUGGCUACCGAUACGUUCUGGCUACUGAUACGUUCUCCAUAUACGGUUUGGCCAGCUCCCCAUCAUCGAUACACAGGUCGUCGGUUGACAUUGUCAUUGUCACUGACACGGCCUGCUUAUCUUUCCCCGCGGAUCCAUCCCACAUACACACCCAUCCACCCUCACCCCAUAUCCCCACGCCUCGCUUCGCACCCCCGAUUGCCCAGUGUCGGCCCUGCUGACCUUCGGCGUGCUCUAACUUAUUCGCUUUUCUUUCUCUUCGUACCCCUACCCAUGCACUCGUGCGCUGCACGAUUCACUUCUUCUCUCACCCACCCCGCCAGCGGCCUUGGACCCAGCCGCAACGGUCUUAGCACCGAGCCGUCUCACAUCAUACCUACCCCCACUACCGUGGCUCCAACGCCUGGACUGCCUUCUCCUGCUGCACUACACGGCAGCUCGCACCCGGGCCUGCCUGCCUUACGCAGCCGCCCUUGUACCACUACCGCACUAGAGCAAAAAGUCCGCCACCUCACUUACGAAUAGUUACGCCCCCCCGUCGACGAUUAGUACUCACCGGACCAGUAGAGAGGGUUGAUAUACGUGGUUUUUGGGUUUUAUUCGUGUGAGUGAUGGAGCUGUGAGAUGUAUACAUGACGAGGGCCUUCGAAUCGUGUUCACGACAGGCUACGACCUUGAGGAUAAGGUACACCUCCGAGGUGCAAGGGACGAGGAAGAGGAGGAGAACGUCGGGUCCGGACGGUGUGAGUACUCGCAAUUCAGUCAGCUCGUCGGCCCAGGCGUUCGAGGGAUUUGGAGAGCGGGAAGAGCGGAAAGUUCGACUGGAUAGAUACUAACGGCUUGAUACAGUGUAUAAACCUGAACACACCAUUCAAUGGACGGAAUAGGCGGAACAGCGAGGUCUACUGCAUGACCUGUCAGUAGGGUAGAACAAUGAAAUAUCA